UGUCUGCGCCGAGCCUGCGCCGAGCGGUCCGUCCUGCUCCCUUCGGACGUCUUCUGUGCGGCCUUCAGUCGCCAUGUCGUCGGUGAGCCCCAUCCAGAUUCCCAGCCGCCUCCCCCUGCUGCUCACGCACGAGGGCGUCCUGCUGCCCGGUUCCACCAUGCGCACCAGCGUGGACUCCGCUCGCAACCUGCAGCUCGUGCGCAGCCGCCUGCUCAAGGGCACGUCGCUGCAGAGCACCAUCCUGGGCGUCAUCCCCAACACGCCCGACCCGCCCAGCGACGCGCAGGAGCUGCCGCCCUUGCACAGAAUUGGAACAGCUGCACUGGCGGUUCAGGUUGUGGGCAGUAAUUGGCCCAAGCCCCACUAUACUUUGCUGAUUACAGGCCUGUGCCGUUUCCAGAUUGUGCAGGUCUUAAAAGAGAAGCCAUAUCCUGUUGCUGAAGUGGAACAGUUGGACAGACUUGAGGACUUCCCCAACACGUGUAAGACUAGGGAAGAGCUUGGGGAACUUUCAGAACAGUUUUACAAGUAUGCAGUACAAUUGGUUGAAAUGUUGGACAUGUCUGUUCCAGCUGUCGCUAAAUUGAGACGUCUCUUAGAUCACCUUCCAAGAGAAGCCUUACCAGACAUUCUGACGUCAAUUAUCCGAACAAGCAACAAGGAGAAACUCCAGAUUUUAGAUGCUGUGAGUCUAGAGGAGCGGUUCAAGAUGACGAUACCACUACUUGUCAGACAAAUUGAAGGCCUAAAAUUGCUUCAGAAAACGAGAAAACACAAGCAAGAUGAUGAUAAACGAGUUAUAGCAAUACGCCCUAUUAGGAGAAUUACACACAUCCCAGGUACUUUAGAGGAUGAGGAUGAAGAUGAAGACAAUGAUGACAUUGUUAUGCUAGAGAAAAAAAUACGAACAUCUAGUAUGCCGGAACAGGCCCAUAAAGUCUGUGUCAAAGAGAUAAAAAGACUCAAAAAGAUGCCUCAAUCCAUGCCAGAAUAUGCUCUGACUAGAAAUUAUUUGGAACUUAUGGUGGAACUUCCUUGGAACAAAAGUACAACUGAUCGUCUGGAUAUUCGGGCAGCCCGAAUUCUUCUGGAUAAUGACCAUUAUGCCAUGGACAAGUUGAAGAAAAGAGUGCUGGAAUAUUUGGCUGUCAGACAGUUGAAAAACAACCUGAAAGGCCCAAUUCUUUGCUUUGUUGGCCCCCCUGGAGUGGGUAAAACAAGCGUUGGAAGAUCGGUGGCGAAGACCCUCGGUCGAGAGUUCCACAGGAUUGCACUUGGAGGAGUAUGUGACCAGUCUGACAUUCGAGGACACAGGCGCACCUAUGUUGGCAGUAUGCCUGGUCGUAUAAUCAAUGGCUUGAAGACUGUUGGAGUUAAUAAUCCAGUGUUCCUUUUAGAUGAGGUUGACAAACUGGGGAAGAGUUUACAAGGUGAUCCUGCAGCAGCUCUCCUUGAGGUAUUGGAUCCUGAACAAAACCAUAACUUCACAGAUCAUUAUCUAAAUGUGGCCUUUGACCUUUCCCAAGUUCUUUUUAUAGCUACUGCCAACACUACUGCUACUAUUCCACCUGCCUUAUUAGACAGAAUGGAGAUCAUUCAAGUUCCAGGGUAUACACAAGAGGAGAAAAUCGAGAUUGCCCACCGACACUUGAUCCCAAAGCAACUGGGACAACAUGGGCUGACACCACAGCAGAUUCAGAUACCUCAGGUUACUACUCUUGACAUCAUUACCAGAUAUACCAGAGAAGCCGGAGUUCGUUCUCUGGACAGGAGGUUUGGAGCCAUUUGCCGAGCUGUUGCCGUGAAGGUGGCAGAAGGACAGCAUAAGGAAGCCAAGUUGGACCGUUCUGAUGUGACUGAAGGAGAAGGUUGCAGAGAACACAUCAUAGAAGAUGCAAAGCCUGAAUCUAUCAGUGACACUACUGACUUGGCCCUGCCACCUGAAAUGCCGAUUUUGAUUGAUUUUCACGCUCUGAAAGACAUCCUUGGACCCCCGAUGUAUGAAAUGGAGGUAUCAGAGCGUUUGAGUCAACCAGGAGUAGCAAUAGGUCUGGCCUGGACUCCCUUAGGUGGGGAAAUCAUGUUCGUGGAGGCCAGCCGAAUGGAUGGCGAAGGUCAGUUAACUCUGACUGGUCAACUCGGAGAUGUGAUGAAGGAGUCUGCCCAUCUUGCUAUCAGCUGGCUUCGCAGUAAUGCAAAGAAAUACCAUCUGACUAAUGCUUCAGGAAGUUUUGAUCUUCUCGACAACACAGACAUCCAUCUGCACUUCCCAGCUGGAGCUGUCACAAAAGAUGGGCCAUCUGCUGGAGUUACCAUAGUUACCUGUCUCGCCUCACUUUUUAGUGGGCGGCUCGUACGUUCGGAUGUAGCCAUGACAGGAGAGAUUACGCUGAGAGGUCUAGUUCUUCCAGUAGGUGGAAUUAAGGACAAAGUGCUGGCAGCACACAGAGCAGGACUGAAGCAAAUCAUUAUUCCUCAGAGGAAUGAGAAAGAUCUGGAAGAAAUCCCAAGCAAUGUGCGACAGGAUUUAAAUUUUGUCACAGCAAGCUGCCUGGAUGAAGUUCUUAAUGCAGCUUUUGAUGGUGGCUUUACUGUCAAGACCAGACCUGGUCUCCUAAAUAGCAAAUUGUAGACCCAUUCUCAGCUUCUCUGAAUUUUAACUUCUGAAGUGUCAUGGUAUUGACAAAAGUUUAUUUUAUUCACAUCAGUAGGGGUAAGCAGAAUUUAUGAACAUAACCACAACAGUAAUGGUCCUUACUCAGCAUGUGACUAGUGUUGAUUAAAGUACUAGAUGCUAAUUUAAUAAAUCAAUAAAAAUUGGAUUCUUUCUUGUC